CAGCACACUCCGCCGGCCAACAUGGCUGCGCACAGUUAAUCGUGGUGCGUGCGUGCGUGUUUAGAUGCUUGCGUACACUGUAGACAUGGCGGUAUCGUCUCAUUUUUACUUUGCUAUGUGAUUCUCUCGAGUUGAGAAGUAUUUGCAAGUUACUCACAGAACAGACAUGAAACGCAGUCGCAAUGUGAGAGGUGAGAUGCGCGCUACCGCGCUACCACCGGUGCACGGUGUUGACGUUUCUAGACUGUCGAGAAAGAAACGACGCAAACUGGAGAGAUCUGAGAAGAAAGUUCGACGACAUGCAUUUCAUAUGAAGAAUAAGGGGAUCAUUCAAAAAGAGAUGGAGAGGAUAUGCCACAAGCUCAACAUCACCCAGAAACCAAGUGAAGACAAGACCCUUGUUAAAGACCGCCAUACUAAGGAGACUCAACAGGAGGAGCCUGCAUUGAAGAAGCCAACCAAGCGUGAGCGUGAAGCAGUUCGCAAAAAGAAUCUUCUUGAUGACAACAAGCAAGAAGACAAAGUUAUCAAACAGAUGGAGAAGAAGUUGUUUCUCAGCAAGCGAAAAAACAAGAAUAUGCCUAAGUCAUUUAUAGAUGAAGGCCUGGACUACCUCCUAGAAGUUGUGGACAAGAAGUACCAGAACAGUCAUCAGGACAGUGACGGUGAUGAUGCCGAUGUGUAUAUGAAUCCUGCUAAAAGAAAAAGAAAGUUAGAGGAGAGCAAAUCUUUAAGUGCUGGUAAGAAACAGAGGACUCAUUCGGGCAGCAGUAUCUCUGACAGUGAAGGAAGUGAAAACGAAUUUAGUGAUGAUGAUGACGACGAUCGUUCGAACACAGCUCCAAUUGCAAAAUCACUGUCCCGUGCCAAACAUAGAAAUAGUGAGGACAGUGAUGAAAUCGGUGAUGAUGACAGCAUCGAUGAGGAAAACAGUGAUGAACAUGGCAGUGAAGACGUAGAAGACGAGGAUGACGUCAGUGAUGAAGAAGGUAGUGGCUACAGUGGUGCUGAAGACAACAGUGAUGAUGAACUAAGCUCACAGGAUAAGUCAUAUGGUGCUGAUAACAGUGCUUCCAUUGGGAUUUCUAGUCUACAGCGUCGAAGAGGCAGGGAAAACAUACUGAAUGAAAACCUAAAGUUCACAUCAGCCAAAGAGUGCAAACUUGCUGGCCAUACAGAGGCUGCUAAAUUGGCAGACACAACAAAACAUAGCAAGGCCAUUGAUGAAAGGAAAGGCUCCGAGAAUACUCUAGAAGAGGAGGACGCGGAUGAAAUUUCUUUUGAUGAUGAAAGUGGAAGCUCAGGUGAAGAGGAAGAAGAACCAGUUGCAUCAGGAACACUCGGUGAGGGGCGAGCAUUACCAACAGCCAAACAAGGCACCGCCUCUUCAGAUGGUAUGUGGGAAGAUAUAUAUGGACGGUUGCGUGAUAAAGCUGGCAACGUGGUGUCUCAAAAAUAUGUCCCACCUGCCAAGAGACUCCAAGGCAUCAAUCUCAGCUCACAGAAGAAAGAGGAGCUUGCCAGACUUAAGAAGCAAAUGAAAGGUCUACUGAACAGACUUAGCGAAGCCACAGUACAGCCUAUAGGAAUGGAGAUGGAGGACCUGUACAAAAAGCACAGCAACAAUGAUGUCAACUCCACCUUGAAUGUGUGUCUGUCUGAGUCGAUCAUUGCGCCUUUCUUGACUCCUGAGCGUCUCGUAAUGGAGCAUGCGAUGCUUGUCGCAUACUUGCACUGCAAUGUUGGAACCGAAGUAGGUGCACAGAUACUCCAAGACAUGGCUGAGAAGUUCAGUGAACUGUAUGAGCAGCAGCAAGGUUGCAGCACAGGGAAAGAAGUUGACAACUGUGCUUUGUUUAUAUCAUACCUCUUUGUGUUCAAGGUGGUUCAUUCAAGAAUUAUCUAUGACAUCAUAAGAAAAUUGGCCGAGUCUUUCAGUGAAAAAGACGUGGAGAUCAUUCUUCUGAUUUUGCGUUCUGUUGGGUUCGCUCUUCGAAAGCACGACCCUUUGGCCCUGAAGGAGGUAGUGCUCCUUUUGCAACGCAAGUGUGCCCAAGACACUGCUGGAGCCCAAGACUCCAGAAAACGAUUCAUGAUGGACAUACUAAACGCUGUGCGAAAUAACAACAUACAGAAGAUACCUAACUGUGACCCUAGCAUGGUGGAGCAUGCAUCUAAAGUUCUUAGAGGACUAUUUCGCAAGGGUUGCUUGUUACAAGAACUGAACAUCUCGCUUGAAGAUCUGCUGAAGGCACAUGAACGAGGCAAGUGGUGGGUGGUUGGCUCGGCAUGGACAGGAAACGAGGUGUCUUCAGAUAGAAAAGCAAGCAUGUCAUCAGCACCGCCAGAGUUUUCAAGCAAAAUCUUGAAGCUGGCUCAGAAGCACCACAUGAACACUGAUGUCAGGAGAAACAUCUUCUGCAUUCUGAUGACUGCUGAGGACUACUUGAGUGCCAGCGAGAGAAUCCUGCACUUGAACCUGACUGCAACCCAGGAGCGUGAAAUGUGCCAUGUCGUCUUGCAUUGCCUGCUCAAGGAGAAGCGGCACAACCCUUUUUAUGCUUAUCUGGCCCAGUUCUUCAUCAAGCGAGACCGACGUUUUUAUAUGAGCCUGCAGUGUGCAGUCUGGGACAAAUUCAGGGAGCUGGACCGAUUGAGUCCGACAGCUUUAUCCAACCUAGCAGAGUUUCUCGUCAUCUUGCUUUCACAAGAGGCCCUGUCACUCGCUGUUCUCAAGACGAUCCAAUUUGUGGACAUGAGUCCGGCACUGCUGAAACUCCUGCGGCAGCUGUUUAGCAGCUUGCUUUUGAACCGACCUCAGGAUGUCUAUCAGAGAGUCUUCCUCAAAGUGGCGGAUGCACCCAAGCUGCGUCUGCUGAGAGAAGGGCUGUGCCUCUUCCUUAGGCACUUCUUCCUCAAGGACCCAGGCAUGGACUCCACGGUGCGCAGUAUGCUCGAGCAGCAUGCCGAGAUUGCAGAGGAGACCCUGAGCAGGACUGACAAGAAGGCCAUCCUUUAAUUGUAAAAUAAAUGAGACUGUUGAUUUU